UGCAAAGGGUCUCUUCCCUGGUCUCUUCGCUUUUCCUGAACAAUAUUCCAUCGUCAACAUCGCCCUCGACGAUGUGCGAGAAGUCUUCACCGCCUUCUUCAACUGUAACAAGACAUAUGUCAUUUCAAGACGAGGAUGAGAGUGUACGCAUAGCCGUGAGCGCGCUAGGCGAUAUGAGGAAUGGUGCCAGAGCUUCUGGAAGCAAUGGCCACACUCCUGCAUCAGCAUCAAGCGCGCUAUGCCAUUAUUCCCCAUCUCCCUCUCUGCCGGCAGAUAUGACCUCUCCGGACUUUGUGGCCAGAGUGUCAAAUUUUCCGCUUUUCAACACUGCUCUGCGGGCGUAUGAGCAUGGUAAAGCCAGUUCGCGCGUCGUCAAGUAUGGUGCUGAGAUGAUGGAGUCAUCAGUGAAGACCAUAUCCCGCCCUGUCAUUGACAGACUACCGGUUGAUGUCAAUCAGCUAGAUGAGUUUGCCUGCAGGCAACUCGACAAGCUUGGCAAAUAUCGUCGUCCAUCAAGUGCUGACCUUGACCGAAUGCAAAUCGACGAGGCAUCCCGAGAAGGAAUCAUCGGGGAAGGGCAGACUAGUCUGGAUUAUUUCAGUUCGCGACAAGCACACGAAGGCACAGACCCACAAUCAUCCAGUAGUCCUUCCCCUCAUCCUCCGGCUUCAAACGAUAACAAGACUCCGGUCCUACAAAAUCAAAUUGCCGAACCUCCUGACUUUCAAGGUCAACAAGCAGUUGUCCAAAGGAGCCGCUGGCAAGCUGUCCUCCUAGAAGCAGGAGGGAUCAGUGCUGCCGUAAGCGAAGAAAGUAUGCGGCGUCUCAAAUACUGUCUUCAAUGGCUCCAGUACGCCACAUUGCAUAUUGAUGCACAGAUCCUCAUUCUCAGAGAUUUUAUCGAAUCCUUGCAUCCAUCGGACCCUUCAUCAGGCACCGAUACCCUUAUCUCACCCACACAUAUGCGAACAUUAACCGACGUUCGUCGUGAUAUCGUGCAAACCAUCCGUCAAGUGGUCGAUAUCGUAAGCAAGUAUGCCGGCAGCGCUCUCCCGGAGCCUGCGAGGUCACGUGUCAGGGGCUUUAUCUUGCAUCUACCUCAGCGCUGGGCAAGUGCAAGUGUCAAUCCAGUUUCUGGUAUGGCAGAUGGCGCCCCAGGUGCUAGUUCAGCCGUUGGCGCUGCUGCUGGCAGCGCUGGAUCUGGGAGACGUGCACGGACCACUAGACACCACAAGGAACGCAGCGCUGGUGGCCCCGAUCGCUCCCAAGCAUGUACACCUGUAUCCUCUCGUGCAUCAUCGCCUUUGGCCUCCACACGCGUAGGCUUACGGCCAACAACUAGUGCUGCUACCCAGGCUGCGCAGCGUGUUUUGGCGCUCGCCACAGAAAGUCUGGACAUGAUGCGUGGGGUUACUGGUGUCGUCAAAGACAGUCUGGACCGUGCUGAUGCUUGGGUUGAGCGUUUGCGCGUUGUUGGUUUACAGCGCCAGCAGUCCAAUGAUGAUGAUGAUGAUGCAGAGUCCUUUGAUCCUGCCUCCUUCACACAACAUCGAAGGCAGAAUUCUAUUCCAGGUCUUUCAUCUACUCCCUCAACACCAUUCUCUUCUAUACCCUCCACGCCUGCGGCUAAUUAUUCUGUACCAACAACGCCAGGCGCUUAUUCAUCUGAUGCCCUUGGAAUGGGCCUCCGGUUAGGCGAGGCGAGCGCUCGAACGUCAUUGAGCGAGCUCCAACUCGAUGGAGAGACAUACGAAACGGCACGCAGCCACGGUGUGCCAAAAGACUUAUGCGAAGGAGAGCCGCAACGACGAAAGCCUGAUCGUAUAUGGGAGAGGCAGAGCCCCGACAAUGCGACAUCAGGCAAAAAUGGAAUGGUAGUGGACGAUUAGUAUGAAGAUCAGUAUAGCGGUACCACGUCUUGUUUCCUACUCCCCGAUCGUUUCUAUAUCCAUGAACUCUAUACGGAGUAGCUCGAUUAUUUAAUUACGCGCUUGCCCAAGUGCUGGCUGGAUCUCUAAUCGUCUUGUAUACGUGAUAUGUAUUACUUACUCUAAUUUAUCACAAACUUCAACACCCAA